UUUUAAAAAUAUAAAUAAAGAUUAUAAAAAAAUAAUAAAGCAACAUAACUCAUGUUUUUUUCCGUUUCUGCAACUCACACAAGGUUCACAACCUUAAAUCUUUACAUUAAGAUAUUAUUUAUGUCUACUUCUCACUUUGUUUAAAAAUUAUUAUAUGUCCAUGAAAAUUUUAAUAAUUCAAACAUUAACAUUCACGAAAUUGUAUUUAUUCUUGAUUUUCAUUACACGAACAAAUAAGAACUAAGUUUACAUGAUUUAUUUUAAAUGUGAAAAAGAUUUGGAGUGAUGAUGACAUGGAGAAUUAAAUUUAAAUGUGUUUUUUUGUAUUGAUUUUAAACAAUUAAAUUAUUUUAUAAUUUGUCUUACAUUUUCAGAUUGUUAUUUUAAGUUUUUAAAACAUUUUGGUUAGUGAAAUAUAUUAUUUGAUAUGCAUAUUAUUUAUAAAAUAUCAUUAAAUUGACUUUGGUUGAACCAGAUUAAACUUGAUCGAAAUAUCUUUGACCCAUGACCCAAAAAAAAAAUCAUUUUAGAAAACAUUGGUCUAUACCCCCAACAAAAUGGGAACUAAAUAACACUAAGUUUGUUAUAAUUCAAUAUUGAAAUAUUGUAUGUGUAUACUUGUAUGAAAAGAUAAGAGAGAAAAGUCACAUGUACUUCUGUAUAUUCAAAACUAGUAAAUAUAAAUUUAUUAAUAAUAUUAAAAUUUGAAUUUGGAAAGAAAUUUAUCUAACAAAGAAACAAAUUUCAUAGUUGUCAUUGUUACUAUAGUUAAAAUUUUAGAAUAAACAUUAAUUUAUUUAUAUUUUAUUAAAAACGUACACCUUUCAGAUUUGUACUACAUGCAUUAAAAGUAUGGAAAUAAAUUAAAAGGUUUGAAAAUAAACAAAAGCAAUUUGAUAGAUGGGUCCCAGAUAUCUUCUGAUACAUUGGAUAUGAAUAACAUUUGUCAGUUGUCACAAAUAUAAAUUUCUUUCGUGAUCCUCAAAGAUUUGUGCUGGCCACACGCAUUGUCUCUCUUGUUUCAUCUCAAAACCCCUAGAUUCUCGGCUUGGAAUGCUAUUUCUCUAAAGAUGAGUAUUGGUUACCAGUUUUUUGUGCUUGACAAUCUUUUAUGUUUAACAAUUAGAAUCAUCUGUUAUGCUCUUGAGUUUAAUAUUCGUUUGAUCUAAGAGUCUUCAUUCCAAGUUUGUAUAGUUUAGGCUUGAUAGAGUUUUCUCGGAUUAGUCUCUUGUUCUUGAUUAAACCUAAUCAAGAUUUUCAAGGCUCUUACAUGAGCGAUCUUGGUUCAAAUGUUAUGGAUCGUCGUCAACACAAGGGCUUUAGCCUUCCUUUUCCUUUGAUGACUCCGAGUGUUCAUCAUAACUUGCCAGUGACCGAGUACAACAAUGGCCAUGGAUGGACGAGCCAAGAAGAAGAUGGUGAUGGUCAUAACAAGUCCAAGAAUAGCUCUCCUUGGGGACGUGUGAAAUGGAUGUAUAAGAUGGUGAAGCUGAUGAUAACUACUCUUUCUUACCUCGAUGAGGACGAUCAUAAACAUGCAAGGAAAGGUAAAUGGAGAACAGUUUCUGAAGUCAUGGACGAAAGGGGUUACCAUGUCUCGCCGCAGCAAUGUGAGGAUAAGUUCAAUGAUCUUAAUAAACGUUACAAGAAGCUUAAUGAGAUGCUUGGUAGAGGAACUUGUUGCGAUGUCGUUGAGAAUCCUUCGCUCUUGGAUAAGAUUGGUUACUUGGAUGAGAAAGAGAAAGAUGAAGUUAGGAAGAUCAUGAGCUCAAAACAUCUUUUCUACGAAGAGAUGUGCUCGUACCAUAAUGGGAACAGGUUGAAUUUGCCUCAUGACCCUGCGUUACAGCGAUCCCUGAGGAUCAGAUGCCGUGAUGAUGAUGGACAUGGGAAACACCAAAAUGAAGAUCUUGUCGACUGUGAGGAACACAACAUGUCUCAAAUGGAUUGUGGGGAUCGUGGAGUCUCCUUAGGUGGUGCAUUGAAGAGAUUAAGACGAAGCCAGAACCAUGAAGAUCUCGGUCAUCCUAAUCAUGCUAACAAGGGAUAUGUUCCUCACUUACAUAAGCAGUGGACCGAGUCUAAGUCUUUGGAGUUAGAAGAACGCAAGCUCCAGAUUCAAGCUGAGUUGAUGGAGCUCGAGAGACAAAGAAUCAAGUGGGAGAGGUUUAGUCAAAAAAGAGACCAAAAGCUCCAAAUAAUGAGGAUGGAAAAUGAAAAUAUGAAACUUGAGAAUGAAAAGAUGAAACUGGAAUUGAGAGGAGUUGAAUUGGGUGCUAGAUUCUGAAGAACCCUGGAGAUUAGACUUUCUUGAUCAAAUUAUGUAGCUUCAACUUUGAUUAAAGAAACUAUAAUUAUGACCAAUGUGACAUCAAGAAGUGGUAACAAUUAUAUGUCAGUAUCUAAAUGUUUGCUUAAGUUUACCAUUAGACAUUAUUUAUUGUAAUAAAGCUAAAAGUUGAAAAUUUUGAGGCAAAUAUAUGUUUUCACAAUUAUA